AUGUUGGUCGAACGGCUCACACGGCAGCUGGGGAAACCCACUCGCAACCUGUGGGGUUGGUUGGUCAAAAGAUUUCUUGAGAGAAACAGAUUCUUAGAGGCGAGUGCCGUGAAACUGUGCGACAUACAGCCCGAGAAUGUGGUUCUGGAGCUGGGCUUCGGUCCGGGGCUGGGGUUGCAGGAAGCUGCCCGGCGUCUAACACAGCCCGGGGGGAAACUGUACGGGCUGGAUAUCUCGGAGUACAUGUAUAAUACCGCCAGCGAGCGGCUGCAGGCGGACAUCCAGUCGGGGAAGGUGACUCUGUUUCUGGGCAGCGUGGAGCAGAUCCCUUUGGCGGACAAUGCGGUGGACAAGGUUUAUCACUGCAACUGUUACUACUGGCCUGACCUGCGAGCUGGGAGCAGAGAGAUCCACAGGGUGAUGAAACCAGGAGCUUUGAUGGUGACUGCCUUGCAUCUGGAAUACCUGCAGAAGUUGAUUGCUGCCGGACUGUUGAAGGGGACAAAAUGGCGCCCUGAGCCAUAUAUGGAGGCGCUCCGUGAGGUGGGAUUUGUUGACGUACGCAUGGAGGAGCAGAGAUUCAGAGGAGAAUCUUUUCAGGCAAUCUUCGCUGCAGCAAAGAAGGCCUGAGUGUGAUGUUCCCCUGAACCAUUAUAUUUCAGUAACCUGAUGAUUCAUUAGUAAUGUGAAUGCAUUGUGGAACACAAUCACUUCCACCAAUAAUAUUUACAUCACCAUUGACUUAAAUUUAAUAUGUGCAGAGGAAUUUUACAGUACUCCUUAGUGCCUCUUUUGUGAAUCUAUUCAAUAAUUGACUGUACAAUUCUCUACUGCAAACAAAUAGCAGCAAAUAGGUAUGUGGCCUAACUGCAAUGUGUAGGGAUGGCUGCAAUAAAUCUAUCUGCCAGAUGUUGAGGAUGACUAGCGGAGUAGACCCGAUGGACCGAAUGGUCUACUUCUGUUCCUAUGGAUUAUGAACUAACGCUAACAAUCUUUUCACCAAUAUCUUGGUGAAACCCCUCAAUAAUAUAGAACCUUCAAUAGGAUAAGAAGAGUUUAGCCAGGCAACUCAUGGGCAGUAUAAGACAGAGAGUACUGCAGAUGCUGGUUUACACCGAAGAGAGACACAAAAUGCUGGAGUAACUCAGCGGGUCAGGCAGCAUCUCUGGAGAAAAGGAAUCAGUGACGUUUUGGGUCAAGGCCUCUUGCUCCGUGGACUGUUCUAUCAGUGCGUAAAACUUAGAGCUGCAUGUUAAAUCUUGAUUUAAUGUUUUUAAUAAUAAACCAAAUGUUAACAAAUCCAGCCCGCGUUUAUCUCAGGCUGGUUGUUAAUUACCAAUUUGCUGUCAUUUAUUUCCAUCAUCUAGAGUUUGGACUGUUCCAAUGUUCUUAAUAUUAGAUGAUCUUUUUUAACCCAAGAAGAGAAUAUCCUUGGUCUAUUUGGUGAACCUCAUUCAACGUUAGGCCAUUUAAAAAAAUACGAAAAGACAGACAGCCCGCUUUGUAUGUAAUGACUACAAACACGAAUCGAGCAUGAAUAAUAUGCUGACUUCUCUCGGAUGGGAUACCCUAGAGUUCCGCAGAAUCAGGCCAUCAAAUCUCCCAUCAUCAGAAUCACUUAUUGCAAUUUACAAGGAGAUUUACAAAAUCACGCCAUCAAGUCUCCCAUCAUCCCAGAGCACCAACUACCAUGAAACAGGACAAAAUAACGGUCCCUACGUCAUCAACUCACUAAAUUUCAAUAAACUUUGCUACCAAUAUUCCCUUUACCCAAGGACGAUAAGGGAAUGGAAUAGGUUGCCACCCAACACACGCUCCGCUCCCGAUGUUAAGUCAUUUAAAAAGGGGAUUGAGCAACUAGAUCUCCUCGACAUGGUCAAAAAGGCCCACUUCAAAAUUUAAUCACCACUCUACUCACUCCGACCUGCACGAGAUAACCACUGAUGAGGUGUUUGCGCAGUAACCAACCAGACUGUUGGCGCGACUGCCAUCAUACGGCACCCCUGGUGGUAGAUGCUGCCUGAUCCGCUGAGUUACUCCAGCACUUUGUAUCUAACUUUGGUAUAAACCAGCAUCUGCAGUUUUUGUGUCUCUACGUUUUCCUGUAUGGUUCCAGUGUUUACCUUCUGUCCCCACCUACUGCCCAGAUCCAGUACAAAUGGAUGUUAUUGCCCAUUGAUGAUACUAUCCUGGUAUCUUUUAUUUUUAGGACAAUUCCUUGAUUUCUAUUUCCAGAUACGAAAAUAUGAUACCCUUUGAAUGGUUUGAGGAAUCUGAUAUUACAACAAAAGAACACAACACAGUUAUGCAAGAAAGAAGGCUGAUCACUCUAUCCAUCAGUCUGAAGAAGGUUUUCGGCCCGAAACGUUACCUAUCCCCUUCGCUCCCUAGAUGCUGCUGCACCCGCUGAGUUUCUCCAGCAUUUUUGUGUACCUUUGAUUUUCCAGCAUCUGCAGUUCCUUCUUGAACACUCUAUUUAGUCUCUUCCCACACUCUGAUGUUCCCAGAUAGAAUAGCUCGGUAAUGAUCAUUCAUUUUAAUUUAAAAAUGAAGAUCGUUCAUUUGCCAUUGUCUGUUGUGCUGUUGCAAGUAAAAUAAUUUCACUAUCUGGGACAUAUGCCAAUAUGACCGCUGAACUCUUACUACGUUGGAAUUUCACUAUUUUGGACACAUGACAAUAAAACACUCUUGACUCUU